AUGGUCCUUGACUUGCUAACCCUCACCGCGAUACCCACUGCCGUUGGCGCCUCAGAAGCCGUCCACCAGCAGCGCGUCCUAGACGAAGAAGCAGAGUCGGAAGAGCGGCAGGCCCCCUUCCACCUCGAUGUCUAUUGCGACGCGCAGUCACGGAAACGAAAUGAAGUCCACGGCGCAAUCGUUGUCUUAAGAGACGGGAAGCUCUGUCUCUGGCCCAAAGACCCUCAUACAAAGCUUCCGAAGGAUGACUCAGACAGCGAUUCCACCCCGCACCCUUUCACCGGCUUCUACCUCCCUUUUCCGACUGAAGACCUCCCGCAUCGACCCAUCCCUGCCCCACCGAUCCUCGGCCUUGUCAGCACGAUACCCUCCGAUACCUCCACUCCAAAAUCCAAACACAAAAAGCCGAAGCUCAAUUGGAUAUACGCAGACAAGCAGACGCGGGAGCUGAAGUACGGCCCGCGCAUAGAAGCACGGGAGCACAUAGUUGGUCCUUGGGAUUGGACGGAAGAUGAUGAGCAGGGAUUGACGUUGAACGGGGAGGAAUGUUUGGUUGCCGUUGAAGAAGAAGAGAAGAGCGGCCUGGGAUGGGCUGUAUACUGGGAUAAGGAUGAUGAUCGAUUGAAGGGUCUGGGUGUGGCGCAAGAGAAGAGGGUGCUGAGGUGUAGCUUGGAGAGGAGGCUGGUGCAUGAGCCAACGCUGGUAGAAGUUGAGUAA